AUGCGAGACUUGCGAGAUUUGCGGUCACAUCGCAAUGAUGCUGAGAAGAGAUUCCAGCACACAGCCUACGAGUUCUUUGCCACGGCCCUCCCACUUCCAGCCUGGGCUUUUGGAAACUGGCUCAGUCUGCUCCGUGGCCGGCACCUGCUGGGACUGACGAACUUCGUCUGCGAUGUCAUGCCACAUGUUGUGGAGAAGCUCGACUCCGCGGAAUCUGCAGCCGCGGCCGACUUAUUCACUGUGGGAGCCAGCAGUCCCUACCCAGGGAACAAGAGCCUGACGAGUGGCGACAAACUGAACCCGAUAUCGUAUGCGGGCAGCCGAAAGGGGCUCACAAAGAAGAGAAAGCAGGCGCAGUCUCUACAGAAUUGCCUUUGA